ACUCCUCCAGCAACCGCUGGGCUGCGCAGCCCGCGGGAUUAUCUGUCAGGCGUUCGCGCUCGGCGCUUCCGGGAGGACGAGCAAGAGAAAGGAGGCGGGGGAAAUGGGCGUUCCUGCUUGGGAGGACCCUGACUCUGACACCGGAAGCGCCUCGUCUUGGGUGGUGGCGGAGGUCGUCGUGAUGCUUAGGAGCCUGGGCGGCUGAAAGCCGAGGUAGGAGCAGGCUCCGAGGCCAGAAUCUCGGCAGUCGCUGCUGGAGCGCGGCCUGCGCUAUGGCCACCUCCGCCGUCUCCUCGGAGCAUUUCGAGAAACUGCAUGAAAUCUUCCGCGGCCUUCUUGAGGAUCUACGUGGGGUGCUGGAGCAGCUGUUGGGGACGGCGGGAACCGAAGAGAAGAAGAAGUUGAUCAGAGAUUUUGAAGAAAAGCAACAGGAAGCAAAUGAAACGCUGGCAGAGAUGGAGGAGGAACUACGUUAUGCACCCCUAUCUUUCCGGAACCCCAUGAUGUCCAAGCUUCGAACCUACCGGAAGGACCUUGCCAAACUCCAUCGGGAAGUGAGAAGUACACCUUUGACAGCCACACUCGGGGGGCAAGGAGAUAAGAAAUAUGGCACAUACGCGGUAGAGAAUGAGCAUAUGAAUCGGCAACAGUCUCAAAGGGCAUUGCUUCUGCAAGGCACUGACAGCCUGAACCGGGCCACCCAGAGUAUUGAGCGUUCUCAUCGGAUUGCCACAGAGACUGACCAGAUUGGCUCAGAAAUCAUAGAGGAGCUGGGGGAGCAACGAGAGCAGUUGGAACGUACCAAGACUAGACUGGUAAACACAAGUGAAAAUUUGAGCAAAAGUCGAAAGAUUCUCCGUUCAAUGUCCAGAAAGGUGGUGACCAAUAAACUACUGCUUUCCAUCGUCAUCUUACUAGAGAUCGCCAUCCUGGGAGGCCUGAUUUAUUACAAAUUUUUUCACAAGAGUUGAACUUUCUCAGGAAUGGUUUGUGGACCAGAACUUUGAUCCUGUGAAUGAAUGGCGUUAGGAACGUAGAAUAAACAUGUCGCUGCUAUGAGCUGAUAGUUCAAGGAUGCACUAUAUAGUGAGAUGAUGGGAGGAUGGGGGGAAGACAAAAAGCCUUUUAAAUGUGAAGGAACAGCAAGACCAGUGUGAUAUACCAAGGUAAUAAAUGCUCUUUAUGACAUCUUUAAAGUUACAUAGUACUCCAAUAUUAACCCCCUGAGAACUGCAAAAAUCUAAAUACAUGUAUGAUAGUAUUAUUGGUCACCCAAAUGGAAAGGGGGACACCAGAAUUAGGAGAAUGUAAAUGUUCUCAUUAAGGCAUUAUGGAUCCACCUAACCAUUUAGUAUCUGUCCCCUCAAAUGCCUUGCAGCUCUGGAAUGCCCAUCUUGAAACAACUGUCAGUGCACAGUAUUUCCUAAAUUCUCACACGUUCUUCGCUUUCUGAUUCAUCUGGUGAACUGGGAGAAGGAAGUUGGUCAUAGACAAUGUGUCCUCCCUCCCUUGUCUGACCAAAACUUGAAGCAAUCACAUCCACUGCCAGACUAGCUGUAGCCUUUGCUUCUUCCUCUGAAGUAGCCAACUGAGGAUUGACUUCAACAAGAUCCAGUGCUGACAGCAACCCUGGAAGAACAAAGCAUGAGAAAACGUCAGAAAAUAAUCUAGCUGCUACUUUCAGUGAGGGUCCCGUCUGGACAGAGAGAACAAGCCAAGGUAAAAACAAGAGACAUUUGCUUUUAUGCAGUUAUCCACUGUCAGGAAGUCCCCUGCACUUCAUCUUCUUGGCCAUGAAUUUAAGUUAAAACACUGGUAUACUGGUACACCAGACUAGGGUUGAAAGAAACCUUUAAGGGAAUGAAAUAAGCCUUCCCUGUCAACUAACAUAAGAAUCAUAGAUUUCAUGCUUUUUGGAUAGCAUAAGGAAAAGGCUCUGGAGGGACAGGGAGACCCAAAUUAAACUUUGGAGAAAUUAAACUUCAGCAGUGAUUCUGGGCGAAGUGAAUCUACCUCUUUCAGAGUCAUCUGAACAAACAGGUAUUCAAGAAAACAAGUAUAUGAGAAUAAUAUUUUGAGUGGUCAUAAAUUAAGUAAAUAUGAGUAAACAUGCCUAAUGGCUUACUGAUAUUACUAAUUUAUAGUGCAUGAUAUGCUCAAUGCCAUUACCUCUGUUCAUUGCUUCAUCGCUUAUUAGCAACAGAUAGUUCAGUGCACUGUGCAGAAUUGCAAUAAGCAGGUCUAUUGUGCAUUUCCAUCAAUCCCUGCACAUGUCUGUGAUACCUGCCUCUGAUGAUGUGUCUCUGGUUUUCAGUGACUAAACCUGUGCGUUUAGCAUACCCCAGAAGUUAAAAAAAAAAAACAACAAAAAAAAACCUGUUUCCAAACUAUUGCCACCUUAUAAAUUAGUUUAAGCAAACUGCUUUA